GAGAGAGAGAGAGAGAGAGAGAGAGAGAGGAGAGGAAAUUUCAGAAAAGGGGGGACAUAUAUCUAGGUUUUAUGAAAUCUGAAUCAUAGUCAUAGACUUUCUUUUUUGUGUUAGAUUUCGUUUUUGUGUUUGCUAUAUAAUAAAAUGGCGACGCCAUUAUCGGGGCUUCAGAACGGUGGCGUAGCGGUAAUGGCCGGACCGGUGAACCAGCUCGAUCAAUCUGGAUCGUCAGGCAACGAGCCUUCUUGCUUGUAUAGCUCGUCGCCGAUUCGCAUAUUUUUGUUCUUCCACAAAGCCAUACGGUCCGAGCUCGAUAGGCUACAUAGAGCGGCCAUAGCUUUUGCGACGGAUCAGAACGGUGAUAUUAAGCCCUUGUUGGUGCGGUACCACUUCCUUAGGUCGAUUUACAAGCACCACUGCAAUGCCGAGGAUGAGGUCAUUUUUCCAUCUCUCGACAUUCGUGUGAAGAAUGUAGCACGCACUUACUCCCUUGAGCAUGAGGGAGAAAGUAUUCUCUUUGAUCAGUUGUUUGCCCUGUUGGAUUCAAAUAUACCAAAUGAAGAAAGCUACAGGAGAGAGUUAGCCUCUUGUACAGGAGCCAUUCAAACAUCAAUUAGCCAGCACAUGUCCAAGGAAGAGGAGCAGGUGCUAGCAUUGGUUUAUGGUUCAUGUAUCUGUUCUUCAUUGGGCACAUUGUGAACCAGACAACUGGUGGAGCAUUGUGCAUAAGGUAGUGCGAUGGAGGAUGUUGUGCAUUGGUCAGCAUCAUUCUGAAGAAGAUUGUGUCCCUACGCAUUUGGGAUACAAAAUUUGGGAUCCCUAGCAGUGCUCUUUUGAUAUGACUAGGAUGGUAGCAUGUAUGUAUUUGCCUUCCCUGGGUUUUGUGGAUCGUUCAUUGAGCUACUUCAAUUUUAUUAAUAUAUAACAAAUGCAAACAAACAAAAAAAAAGCUUUUCCUUUUUUGCAGUGUACUUGUUGAGUUUGUGCCCCUAGAAAAUAGGGUGUGUAGCUUUCGUACUAUGCCACAAUUCACAGGUCUUGACUUUCCUUUAUUCUCUAAUGAUCUGUACAAGGUCAAAACUUCUUACAGAAGUACAUUUCUUUUUAUUUUGCAGGUGUUUCCUUUGCUUAUUGAAAAGUUUUCAUUUGAAGAGCAGGCAUCAUUGGUGUGGCAGUUUUUGUGCAGCAUUCCAGUAAAUAUGAUGGCCGAGUUUCUGCCAUGGCUUUCAUCCUCCAUUUCCUCUGAUGAGUGUCAGGAUAUGCGUGAAUGCUUGUGUAGAAUAAUUCCAGAAGAGCCACUUCUUCAACAGGUCAUAUUCACGUGGAUGGAUGGGACAAAGAUUAAUAACAAGCGCAAAAGUUGUGAAGAUGGUUGUGAACGUCAAAGUUAUCUGGAUAAUGGGGUGAGCCCCUUAAGAAGUCCGAUCAAGAAAGGGCAUUGUGCUUGUGGAUCUUCCAGGGCUGGUAAAAGAGUUUGUGGGGAGUUGAAUUGUGAUCUUGCGGAGUCCAAUCUGAACCGACCAGUAGAUGAAAUAUUGCACUGGCAUAAGGCUAUCAAAAGAGAAUUGAAUGAUAUAGCUGAAGCAGCCAGAGGGAUAGAGUUAUCUGGAGAUUUUUCUCACCUAUCUGCAUUCAAUAAGAGGCUCCAAUUUAUUGCAGAAGUUUGCAUUUUUCAUAGCAUUGCUGAAGACCAAGUUAUAUUCCCUGCUGUGGAUGGCGAAGUCUCUUUUGCCCAGGAGCAUGCGGAAGAAGAAAGUGAAUUUGAAAAGUUUAGAUGCCUAAUAGAAACUAUUGAAAAUGCUGGAGCUAAUUCAUCUUCUGUUGAAUUUUAUACAAAAUUGUGCUCUCAUGCUGAUCAUAUAAUGGCUACCAUAGAGAAGCACUUCUACAACGAGGAAGUUCAGGUUCUUCCACUUGCGCGAAAUCAUUUUAGCCCCAAACGACAGCGCGAACUUCUAUAUCAAAGCUUAUGUGUCAUGCCCUUGAGACUGAUUGAGUGUGUCUUGCCGUGGUUGGUAGGAUCCCUUAGUGAAGAAGAAGCAAGAUCUUUUCUUCAUAAUAUGCAUAUGGCAGCUCCAGCAUCAGACACUGCACUGGUCACCCUAUUUUCUGGUUGGGCAUGUAAAGGUCGUCCUACGGAUGUUUGUUUAUCUUUAAGCGCAAUUGGUUGCUGUCCAGCCAAAGUACUGACUGAAGCUAAAGGUGAUUUAGAUAGACCCUGUUGUGCUUGCACCUCUCUGUUUACUUCUGUGGAAGAUUUUGCAUUUGAUGAAGUUGAUGGUAACAAACGGCCAGUUAAACAGGGAAACUCCAUUCAACGGGAAGAUAGUGGUUCUUGUGAUCCUUUGGGAAUGAAUAUGCAGAAAGUACCUUAUAGUAAUCAAUCUUGUUGUGUUCCUGGAUUAGGAGUGAAUAGCAACAAUUUGGGUAGCUCUCUUGCUGCAGUGAAAUCUUUGCGUUCCUUGUCAUUUGGUCCUUCUGCUCCAACACUUUUCUCUAGUCUUUUCAAUUGGGAAACAGAUAUAAGCUCAAGCAACAUUGGAUGUGCAACAAGACCGAUUGAUAACAUCUUUAAGUUUCAUAAAGCCAUCCGCAAAGACCUCGAGUAUCUGGAUGUUGAAUCUGGAAAACUUAAUGAUUGUAAUGAGACUUUUCUUAGGCAGUUUAGUGGUAGAUUCCGUUUAUUAUGGGGCUUAUAUAGAGCUCAUAGUAAUGCAGAAGAUGAUAUAGUGUUCCCUGCAUUAGAAUCAAAAGAAACGCUUCAUAAUGUUAGCCACUCAUACACCUUGGAUCACAAGCAGGAAGAGAAGCUAUUUGAGGAUAUUUCGGUUUCACUUUCUGAGCUUUCUCAACUACAUGAAUACUUGAAUAGCACAAAUCUGAUGGAACAUUCAGGUGGAAAUAUCGUUGAUUCUUCUGAUUGUAAUCAUAAUCUGGGAAAGUACAAUAAGCUUGCCACAAAGGUUCAAGGCAUGUGCAAAUCCAUUAGGGUAACCCUGGAUCAGCAUGUUUUCCGUGAAGAACUUGAGCUCUGGCCAUUAUUUGAUAGGCAUUUUUCUGUGGAGGAGCAGGACAAACUUGUUGGACGUAUAAUUGGUACAACAGGUGCAGAGGUGCUCCAAUCAAUGUUGCCAUGGGUAACAUCUGCUCUUACUCAGGAUGAGCAGAAUAAGAUGAUGGACACAUGGAAGCAAGCAACCAAAAACACAAUGUUCAGUGAAUGGCUUAACGAAUGGUGGGAAGGAACUCCUGCUGCAUCUUUACAAACAUCAACAGCAGAGAGUAGUAUUUUACAAGGCAUUGAUGUCCUUGAAGCGCUGGACCAAAGUGAUCAAACUUUUAAGCCUGGCUGGAAAGAUAUUUUCAGAAUGAAUCAAAAUGAGCUUGAAUCAGAGAUAAGAAAGGUUUCUCGGGAUCCAACUAUUGAUCCAAGAAGAAAAGCCUAUCUCAUUCAAAAUCUGAUGACCAGCCGCUGGAUAGCUACCCAACAGAAGUCACCUCAAGCAAGGAUUGGUGAAACUUCCGACAAAGAUCUAAUUGAAUGUUCUCCAUCAUUUUGUGACAUCGAGAAACAAGUAUUUGGGUGUGAGCAUUACAAACGAAACUGCAAACUCCGGGCUGCUUGCUGUGGCAAGUUAUUUACAUGCAGGUUCUGCCAUGACAAUGUCAGCGACCAUUCUAUGGAAAGGAAGGCUACAUCUGAAAUGAUGUGUAUGAACUGCCUGAAAGUUCAGCCAAUUGGACCAAUUUGCUCAACACCAUCAUGCAAUGGACUUUCGAUGGCUAAAUACUACUGCAGUAGCUGCAAGUUUUUUGAUGACGAAAGGACAGUUUAUCACUGCCCUUUUUGCAAUUUAUGCCGUCUUGGGAAGGGUCUUGGUGUUGACUUCUUCCAUUGCAUGACCUGCAAUUGUUGCCUGGGGAUGAAAUUAGUGGACCACAAGUGCAGGGAGAAAGGUCUGGAAGCAAAUUGCCCCAUAUGCUGUGAUUUUUUAUUCACUUCCAGCGCAACUGUCAGAGCACUUCCUUGUGGCCAUUAUAUGCAUUCAGCUUGCUUCCAGGCUUAUGCUUGCACUCACUACAUCUGCCCAAUUUGUAGCAAAUCUAUGGGAGAUAUGUCGGUAAGCUGAAGCUUUUCCUUCUUGUUUUUUUUUUGAUAGGAAACGAAACUCUUAUGCUAAUAAAAUUUGAGAAAUACAUCAAAAAGAAUGGAUGAGAAAUCCAACCAAGAGAUAAAAAACAAAGAGAAAAAAACACACAUAACAAUCCUAAAUCACAACUCUCCCUCCAUCCUAGUAAAAUAAUAAAAAGCUGAACUCCUUUGAUAUCAUUAGUAACUAGGGUUUCCAGAUAUCUCAAUUGGUUAAAUUCGAAACAAGUGUCUUGUCUCCUCUCAAUGAAUGCUUGAAAGAACCAUUUUAAUUUUAAGUAAUGAAUAUUAUUCUUUGAUACGAAAGAACUCCUUUUCUAAGAACUCCUUUUCUGUCAUUCUAUCAAAAUCUCAAAUAUUUUGCAAAAAUGUAACUUACUAUGAGUAGUCAGGAGUAGAAUAUUGAGGGAAAUUUUUGAAAAAUAUUGUGAUGAUAAAAUAUGAGUGGCAAAACAAGAUAGAAAUUUGCUAGUUAUCGUUAGAAGAGAGCCAAUUGUUGAGCAUUAAAGAAAGUCUAAAAAGAAAGACUAUGGCGAGAUGGUUAGUCCAAUGGCAAAGAUGACUACUAUGCAAGUGCUCAUCUCUCUAGCAACAAGUAAGUCCUGGCGUCUACGGCGGAUGGAUGUAAAAAGUGCCUUUCUCUAUGCUGUCUCUCUACACCGUUCUCCUGGCUUCACCGGAAGGAAUUUGAGUAGUAGGCGAACUUUCACAUGCGGCUUCUUAACUUAAGAAAGAUUGAGACUUUUAGACAAGCUUUCAAGCUGCAAAAGCAGUGAUUUCAUGAGCAGACACUAGUUCCGGAACUAAAACUCCCGUUUGAUCAAGUGAGUCACGAAGUGAUGGUGGUAGAAGGAAUUUUCCCAUUUUUCUUCCUGGUCCAAUAUUGGUUCUCGAAGGUCUUAGUUUCUGUGUAGAAGCAAACUCCACAAAUUUAUGAUCAACCUUUCCUUCAGUAAUCUUACAACGAACAGAAGUUUUUCUAUUGCAAAUUCUUACGGAACAAGACAGUAUGUACAACUAGGCAUUUGGGACUUUCCUUCCUAACCCUAACUGCUCUAGUACGGGGCUUCACAGUCUUGAGUAUCUCUUUUGUAACUGAGAUAAGGUUCGACACAGAGAGACUUUCUGGCAUAACUUGAAGUCCAAAAUGAAGCUAAUAAUGAAUACGGUUUCAUAACCCAUCCAACCACUUGUGAUGAUCUAAAUUUUUUUUUUUCAUUUCUUUCUUUCCAAAUAAUAACCCAAAAUGCAACAAUGAUGGCACAAUUGCAAAUAGUGACACCUUUAUCAAGCCUUCCAAGACCUUUAAACAAACUACAUGGAGAAUAAGUUCUUUUAUAAUGCUCUCUAUUAUGACUUCAUUGGUGAAACAUUUGGAUACAACAAUACUCCGACGCCGUUAUUCACCGGAAUCUCAUAAUUCACACUACCUCUCGAGAUCCUUCUAUUUUAUUGCGCAACAACACCGUAACCUAGUUAUCUCCUAGUUCAGCCCCAAUGCCUCCAAAGAGUCCCUAUUCACUCCCAUGUUUGACUCUAUACCUCAUCAUUGCUGAACCAAGCACUUCUAUUCAUCACCAAUCCUGCUGUACCCUGCAAUUAUUUGUUUUUCUUUGUUUUUUUGUUUGUUUUAUGUUUUGUGGAUUUUAAGUGUUAAGGGCAUGUUUGUUCCUGUUCACUACAUUGCAUAUCUGUCCUGGUUCACUCCGCUGGUGGUGUAUUGUUUUUAUAGUUUGAUUUGCAUGUAUGAUGGCAUACGAUGUUUUCAAUAAUCAUCAUUUGCACAAUGAACUGUCAUGACGAACAAUUUGGUAUGCCCCAUCAUGUUGUGAGUACAGGUCAGUUUUUUUGAUUCAUUGUAUGGGAGAAAAAUAAACGAAAAUUCAUAUGCGAUUUACUGAAUCCAUAACUAGAAUUUAGAAAAACGUACCGAGCAUUAGCAAGAAUUCAUCGACAAAGCUUAAAUUGCCGAUUAACACCCUUAGUUGUAUGAAGUUUAUAUUGAGGUUCGUGUUCUUUUAUUCAGGUGUACUUUGGCAUGCUUGAUGCUUUAAUGGCUUCAGAGGAGCUUCCAGAAGAAUACAGGGACCGCUGUCAGGACAUACUGUGUAAUGACUGUGAUAAAAAGGGAACUGCAUCGUUUCACUGGCUGUAUCACAAGUGCGGGUUCUGUGGAUCGUACAAUACCAGAGUGAUCAAGAUUGACUCAAACCCUAAUUGCUCGACAUAAUGAAGGACGUUUGGCCUUUCCAAGGGGGUUUAGUCGUGUAAAUACAUCUGUUAUUACCAAUCAUAUACGGCUUUGUAAAUCACCUGCAAUUUUCCCAAAAACUUUUACCAACUCCGCAUACACAGAACGUGGUUAUUCCCAUCAAUAUACGAGGCUAUAGUUACUGUUGUUUUGUUAACGCAUGGAUUUUGUGUUUGUGUCUUUGAUAUGCUUGGCGGUAAAUGCAGAGAUAGAUUAUGCAGAGGGAAUCAAUUAAAUACUUGAAGAGCAAUGAGCAGUCACACAUUAGGC